AUGGCCGAUACAGGCUGCCUCACGGACAUACAAGGCUCGGGGUACUCUCCAGGGCGUGGGACCGUCACUAUGCGCGAUAUAAUGGUCGAGAUCUUCAUUCUUCAAGCCCUCCCCCACCCGACCCCUCCACCAUGCAAGCGUUCACCGCUCUCCCCCUACUCGCCGAUGUCGAACUUGAUAGCUUCGAUAACGCUUCCUGCGUCAAUCCAAUGCCCACUUUCCCUUUCGAUUCCACCUUCAACUUCAACUUCGACGCUGGUCUCUGGGAUCCCCGCCUUCGUACCCUCGAGCCCCAUCAGUUCCGACGACAGUGACCUCAACAGUCCUCUGGCGUCUCCGUCCGCCAUACACCAAGAGGCGCCACAGAUCGUCCUGUAUGACCUCGGUCUCGCCUUCUACGACCAGACCUCCUUCUUCAUCCAGCCCGAUUUCGCCCAGAUACCUGACGGCCUCGAGCCAUCGUGCGCGCAGCAGGCUCCUGCCGCGGGUAUGGUGGUCCGGGGCCCGCCGCAGGGCGUGGAUAUGAACAUCAGCUCGUUCCUGUCAAUGGACCCUUCGCCGCCGUUACUUCAGAUCAUCUCCCCCAUCCCUAGUCCGGUCAACAAGAGGAAGAGGGUCGCGGCCGUCCCCACGGUCGUCAACAUGGAGAUCUCCCCUGCGAAACGUCCGCGAUCCGCUCCAGGCAAGCCCGGCAUCGUGUCCCCUGCUCGACGUUCAAUUUUCAAUCGCAAGUGGAACUUGCAGGCACAUAUCGACGGUCUCCACAAGAAAAUCCGCUGGAACCCGUGUCCAGCACCGGGUUGCUCAUUCACAAGUGCCCGGAGUCACGACGUUCGUAGGCAGUUCCAGUCGGAUCACACCGACAAGGGUUCCACGCGCCGCAAGGCGAAUGAUUAG